AUGUACGAUGUACGAUGCGAUACCCUGGCCAAAUACGUCAAGGGCGGGGCCGCGGAGGGGGACCAGCGCAGGCAGAAUGGAGGACACGGGGGCGUGCUCUGUAGCACGCACGAGACACGAAGACAAACGAUUAGACGCAGAGGCUCUGUAUCGGCCAAACUGCUCCUGCUCACGCCCAUGCCUAUUGACACGCCACCAAACCUGUGUCGUCCCUAUGCGCAGGAAUCCCAUUUCGAAGACCACAAGCUUCGACCCGGUCUGAGCCAGGUAGGUCAGAAGCCGCAGGACACGGGGACUACAGCAUAA